CUUGCGGGAAUGAUCCCAGAUGACUGUUGAACCUAAAACCCUGAAUGUACCAAAAAAUUCCUUACUAGUCAUCGCGCCUGCUUUCCCAUAUUUUGUUUCUAGGAAAGUAAAUAACUCCUCGGAGAGCCUUGUUAAAUCAUCGCAAGCGCACGUUUCUCCAUUCAAAAUUGUUUGAUCCAUCAUAGUUCCAGCAUUAAAAAAUUUAGGAUUCGUUUUGGCGUUCUUUUAACUGAAUAUAUUGGAAGCUGUUUUUGCAGGCUUGCACUAUUUCCUGGAAUGUGUCAAGGGUUUUUUCAUGAACUAUUUUUAUGCCUGUCAUGAACAUGUUGGCUGUGAAAAAGACACAGUAUAUGGUCAUCUGUCUCUAUAAAGAAGUUAGCGCGGUGUCUUAGCUUGUUAACUUCAGCACGCCAGAGUCAGAAAUGCGAAUAGAAUUUCACUUCAUUCCACUGCAUGCAGUUUCUUUUAUCUUUAGGAUAAGAUUAUUGGCAAAUGGCAUCCAGGCAGAUAGCUAUCUAUCAGAAAGUAAGAAAAGCCCUGCUAUUAUCCGAGGAUUCUGCUCUUUUACUCCGCAUCUUCUCUUAUCCCUCUUUAGAUGAAAAGAUUGCACAUACAACAAAUUGGCCUUCAUUGCAAUCACUCUCAAAGUUGCCCAUUGAGCACCAUUGCCAGAUUGUUGAUAAUGUCACAGAUCGGAAACCAAAAAGCAUAUUUUAUGGGUUCACUAAAUUGUGGGCAGCAAACCAUAAUAGGAUGGAUUUCAGAGAUGCUUCUACACUUAGUGCUGCAAGAACUAUCAGGGAGAAUCUGUUUCUAUGUUCAGGAGUUCGAUGGAUAUCUCACUCCACCAUGACUUCUUCCCCUGCAACUGCAACUCAAUGUGUUCCUAACAAUGAAGAAGAGCUGAAUGAAGGCAAGGUCUUAGAACAAAGGAAAAUCGAAGCAUCCCCAGAAGAAUGUGACCAAGCUGUAGCAGGAUUGAGCUCUGUGAAAGCCAAGGCAAAAAGAGUUCAGGAACUCCUGAAGAAGGAUGAAAGCAUUGUGAAAAGGUUCUGGGUUGCACUGAUCGGAAUUGGACCUGCACUAAGAGCAGUGACAUUAAUGAACAGGGAGGAUUGGGCCAGGAAGCUGCUUCAGUGGAAAGGUGACCUCUCUAAAGCCAUGCAACACUAUUGGAUGGGAACUAAACUUCUUUGGAUUGAUGUCAGGAUAUCCUUCAGGCUUCUAUUGAAACUUGCAAGUGGGAAGAGUCUUUCGCGAAGAGAGAGGCAGCAAUUAACUAGAACAACAGCAGAUAUUUUCAGGCUUGUGCCAUUUGCAGUGUUCAUUAUAGUUCCAUUCAUGGAGUUCUUUCUGCCAGUUUUUCUUAAAGUAUUUCCAAACAUGCUGCCAUCCACUUUUCAGGAUAAGAUGAAGGAAGAGGAGGAUCUGAAACGACGGUUGAAUGCAAGGAUUGAGUAUGCCAAAUUUUUACAGGACACUCUCAAAGAAAUGGCAAGAGAAAUCAAAACAUCUCGCAGUGGAGAACUGAAACAAACAGCAGAAGACCUUGAUAAUUUUUUGAGUAAGGUCCGCACAGGUGCGAAGGUAUUGAAUGAAGAAAUUUUGGGUUUUGCAAAGCUAUUCAAUGAUGAAUUAACAUUGGACAAUAUUAGCAGACCAAGGCUUGUAAACAUGUGUAAAUAUAUGGGAAUCAAACCAUUUGGAACUGAUGCAUAUCUGCGCUACAUGCUACGCUCAAGGUUGGCAAGGAUCAAGGAAGAUGAUAGAAUGAUCCAAAGUGAAGGAAUUGAGUCUCUUUCUGAAGCUGAACUCAGGCAGGCUUGUAGAGAUCGUGGAAUGCUGGGCCUUCUCUCAGUUGAGGAAAUGCGUCAACAACUGCAUGAUUGGUUGGAUCUUUCUUUGAACCAUUCGGUACCUUCUUCCCUCCUUAUUCUUUCAAGAGCAUUUACAGUCUCAGGAAAAGUCAAGCCAGAAGAGGCUGUUCAGGCCACACUGUCUUCUCUUCCAGAUGAACUUGUUGAUUCUGUAGGGGUUACCGCAUUUCCAAGUGAGGAUUCAGUUGCUGAUCGAAGAAGAAAACUAGAGUACUUGGAAAUGCAAGAGGAGCUUAUAAAGGAGGAAGAAAAGAAAAAGAAAGAGGAGCAAGCAAGGCUGGAGGAGGAGGCAGUUUUGAAUCAAAAAGAUAUUGCAUUACAGGAGAUGAAUGUUGCAACGGAAAGAGAGGUGCAAGAGUUGGCAAGAGCUAAAGCCAUAGAAAAGCAAGAUCAACUUUGUGAGCUUAGUCGCGCUUUAGCUGUUCUAGCUUCGGCUUCUUCAGUCAGUGAGGAACGUGCAAAAUUUCUGAAGCUUGUAAACAAAGAGAUAGAACUGUAUAACAGCAUUGUAGACAAAGAAAGUGAAGGUGUGAACAUGGCACUAAAGGCAUAUGAUGCAGCAAGAGAACAGAAUGACCAAGCAGCUGAGAUAACCACUGGAAGUAAAGUUUCAUCUGCUCUCAUAAAUAGGAUUGAUGCUAUGCUACAAAUCUUAGAAAAAGAAAUUGAUGAUGUAGAUGCAAAGAUUGGUGACAGAUGGCGACUAUUAGAUAGAGAUUAUGAUGGAAAAGUCACACCAGAGGAGGUAGCUGCGGCAGCUUUGUAUCUCAAGGACACUCUGGGUCAGGAGCCAGUGCAAAAAUUUAUCAGUGACUUGGCAAAAGAUAAAGAUGGGAAGAUCCUUGUGGAAGAUAUUGUGAAGUUAGGGGCCAGUGUACAUGAUGAAGACUACAAGCAGCAAGAAAAGGAGCUUGAUUAGUGACAGACUCUGCGUUAUCUCUAUAGCUCAAAAUUGCUUUCAGAUUUUGGGAAAUUUUGUUUGCAUAUAACCUAGAUUCUAUAUUUAUCUUGGGAAUUGCAGGGGUUAUUUUGAUUCAACUUUAAUGCAAGACUUUUUACAGCUCAGGGAUAAAUGUAAAUCCCUUAUACAUGCCCUCAGGUCAUUCUCUGGCAAAUUAGCAUAAUUUAUAGGUAGGUGUAAUUUAUCGUUUUGAUUCAUAUCUCGCAUAAAUUUUCAAAAACAGAUUCCCCACUACAGGACAGACUAUAGCAUGCUUUCCAAGGGAUGUCGUGGUGAUAUGUGUUGUUACUACUAGUAUAAACACAAUGCCUGCUUUCUAAUUUUCUGUAUAAACCCGUCUGUAAUAUUUAUUUAUUUAUUUAUUUUUCUUUGUAAGGUAA